AGGUCAGGAAGUAGUGUGAAGUACAUGGGAAACGUUAGGCUUGCAGUAUGUGGGGCUUUAAAUAGAGACAUGGUAUGAACAAUGGUGAUAGAACGAGCACCGACAAGCACUAGGAGUUACUCGUGGUCUGCCUUCAUACAUACCAAAGUAAAAGGAAGUUAGCAUGGAGACAUUUGUUUUUCUAUUUCCUCAAUUGAACUUUUUGGCCCCAAAAGAGGAAGCGUAUUUCAAAAUGCUUGGUCCAGGGGACUUGAAUGCAUCGAGAAUGAAAGAGUGCAGUUCCAGAUUAAAAGACAGCAAGUACCGAUUCAGCCUUCUACUGACCAAGUCAGGCUCCCAUGAAAACGUCAGCCCAGAAAAGAAGACCACCACUGCAACCAACAACAUCUCAACGGAGGAAGCUUUGAGAUGGAGUGACUCCUUUGAAGAGCUUCUCAGACAUUCAGACGGAGUGGAAACGUUCUCCCAGUUCCUGAGGACGGAGUUCAGUGAGGAGAACAUCGAGUUCUGGUUAGCCUGUGAGGAAUACAAGUCCAUUCACUCAGAGACCAAGAAAAUCUCCAAAGCCAAACAGAUGUACGCUGUCUUCAUUGAAUCCGAGGCGCCGAAGGAGGUCAACAUUGACUAUGCCACCAAGCAGGCAAUCCAAAAGAACAUAGCUGCGCCUACAGAUUCCUGUUUUGAUGCUGCACAGACCGUAGUCUAUGGCCUGAUGAAAAAAGACUGUUACCCAAGGUUCCUCACGUCUGACAUCUACCUGCGCCUUACCAAGAGGAAGGGCCCCGGGACCACAAUGUACCGACGGAGGUCAAGGUCCUGCGUUUUCAAUGAGCCCCGGGGGGAGGCCACCAGCGACUCUGCCUGGUUGUAGCAUCACACACACAUACACACACACACACACCUACACACGCACACCUACACACACACACACAUACACACACACACAC